CCCACUACCUCAAUGCCUCCAACAAAUGAUCCUGUAUCCACACCAACUGUUCCAACACCUGAUAAACAACAACAUGAUCAGGAAAGCCAUGUUCCUACUGAUCAUAUCAAAGUAUCAGAUGAUAUUGUCAGUGGGAACGUCUGCAAAAAAGCUACAGCUAUGGAUGAUCCUAUUUUUGACAAGACUCCAAAAUCUAAUGCUCCCACAACAGACAAGCCUGCUGAUCCUAAGUUAACACCAAAAAUAAAUAGUGAAGGACAAAAAUCUGUUACACAUGAUACUCCUGUAUCUGGUGCACCUCUGUUUGAUAAAACCCCGUUGACAGAUGUCAGACAUGUUGCAACUACUGACCUGGUUGCAAAGGAUAGUUCCUGUAAAGACGCAGUCGCUGAACAUCCCCACGUGUCACGUGAAGACUGUGCUCGCAACCUGCUUAAGUUCAUUUUGUCAGGACAACUAGAUCCGAGCAUGUCUAUCAUUAAUUUUGGAGGAUUUGGAGGGUCUGUACUUGAUGUUGUCCAGUCGUUUGGUCCCAACAAAUGUCUUGAGAAUACUUUCAUGCAGGGAUUUAUCGACUGUAUUCGUCAGGAUGAUGUUUUAUACAAUCCAGAUUCUGUAAUCAACACUCUAAUACUGAACGUCAACGUUGGGACCGUUUUGAAUAUUGAGGAGUUUGAACAACACAGUUCAAAUCCACAACCCUUCACAACAACCCUUCUUAAAGAACAUCUUGAACCGACCCUACCUUCAGAUGAUGUUCUAAACCAGAUUAAAUUGAUACUGGUUCCUAUGCUACGCCGAGGCCACUGGACCCUUUAUGCAAUCAAUUUUGAACGUCGUCGCAUAGACAUCUUAGAUUCAAACCCUUAUGGUACAUUGCUUGGAGGCACUACAUGGAAACAAAUCCAUAAUGAUCAAAUGAUGAUAAAUGGAACGAAGAUACCUUGGUCCAGACUCAUAAUGAGAAGACUUAGCAUUGCCUUACAUGAAGCUCGACCUGAGUCAACUGUACCAAAGUUUGGCAACUACAAGAUUGGGCUUCUUCCCAACUGUCCAACCAUGACACCAGGGUCAAAUGAUUGUGGUUUUUUUGUUGCAAACUUCCUCCGCUACUACGAUUUUGAUGAUGGUGACUUAUCAGAAUUUUAUACUCCGGAUGAACCAUUGGACCAACGUGCCUUUGUUCUGCAUUACCUUACCUUUCAUCGCAACAACAUGGUUGCCCCCCUUCCUGCAGAACUGUUGCCUUUCAAGUAUUCUCCAAGGAGGCGCCGCUGUUUGAAAGCCAAGACUUAG